AAAAGAUUGGAUUUGAUCAAGACACAAAAAUCUUGGGAGUGUUUUGAUGUCCAUAAAAAGAAUAAAGCCAUGUCCUUAUAGAUUCUCUCUAGAAAAUUAAGCACAAGAGAACAAAAUUACUCGAGUAUAAAUCUGUCUGAAGAACCAAUCUAGUAAGUUAUCAAGGAUUUCACACAGUUCGUGUUUCUUGUGACUGACUCAAGCCAAGAACUCUGUUCUCUCCUUUUGAUGCUUGGCUUUAACGAUGAUAUCACGAGCCCUCUUAGUGCUCAAAUCUUCGAUUUCUGUGAUUCACAACUGUUUCAAGAAAGCUUCAAUCAAUCCUCUGAAGUCACCUCUGCUUCAAACAUUCUUGAGAAAUCUGGAAGCUUCCAAGACAAUCACAGUGGUAAUUCCAACACUAACACAACCACAACAACUGAUAACAGUAACACCAACAAAUUUCAAGAUGAUGAAGACGAUAACAAUAACGCGGAUCUGUCCAUAAUCUUCGAUUCACAAGAAGAUUUCGAAAACGACAUAGCCGCUUCAAUAGACUUUUCAUCAUCUUCUUUGCAAUAUCCAGUUAUAGAUCAUCUCCUUACGACGACAGAUCAAAACCAAUUUGAUUUCUCAUCAGGAGUCCAAAUUGUUCAUCAGCUUCCUAACAUUCCUUACUCUGGAGACCCUCUGGCUCUACCGGCGGUUUCCUCUGUUGCUCCUCCUCCUCUACCACUAGGAGCCUACGAAGAGGAUUGUUUUUCUUCCGUCCCAAGUUACAAUCUUGGCUCAAGACCUAUUUCCCCUUCUUGCUCUUUGUUCCGUACUUCCGGUUUACCGACGUAUAUGGUGAACAUGAGCUCCGGUUUAUUAUCUUCCGAAAAUAAUUCCGGUUUGUUUCCCGGCAAUAUUCAUUUGGGACCAGAAUUCAACAAACCACGUGAUCAGUUGAUGGAUUUUCAAGCUGAUAAUGGUGGGUUGUUCAGUCCGAAUUCUAUCAAACAUAUCUUUAAUCCAGGAGAUCUCCAGGUACUUAGUGGCGUCGAGAACCAGAACCACUUGGUUGUACCUCAGACUCAUCCAACAUUAGGGCCGGUCGAAAUAACCGGUUUAGAAGAUUCAACGUCAAACAAAGUUGUGAAACUCUCCCCCGAGCAAAGGAAAGAGAAGAUCCAUAGGUACAUGAAGAAGAGGAACGAAAGAAAUUUCAGCAAGAAAAUAAAGUACGCGUGUAGGAAAACAUUGGCAGAUAGUCGUCCAAGAGUUAGAGGAAGAUUUGCAAAGAAUGAUGAGUUUGGUGAACUAAAGAAACAAGGUUCUUCAAGCCAUCAUGAUGAUGAAGACGAAGACGAUAUGAGAGUGAAGGAUGAGGAACAGUUGGUAGAUUCUUCAGACAUUUUUGCACACAUUAGUGGACCCAAUUCCUUCAAGUGCAACUACCCAAUUCAGUCCUGGAUUUGAGUUUCAAGUCCCACACCACAAAUCUUAUAUAGACUUAUAUAAUUAGUACUUUUAUAGAGUUAUUACUUGUUAGUAUAUUUAUUCUUGCAAUACCCCAGGCUCUGCUUUAAAAAAAUAAAAAUCUACUAAAAAUAUAAUAAUAAUAAAUUGCAGGUUUGAAUGAAUAAAACAGUAGUGAAGAAAGGUUUACUAUGGCUACAUAGACUUUUGAAAAUUUUGUAGAUAUAUUAUUACUGAUACACGCGAUGUCUUGUAUUUAAUUUUAAGUUGUAUUUUUCUAUCGGUUAAUCACUAUAAAACAAUUGAGUUUUUAUUUUGCUCCUUUUACAUUCAACGUUUUUUUUUUUUUGAACUACAAAAGUAACAUUAUUGAAAAUAGCUGAUUUGUCA